AUGGUGGAAAUGGCUCCAGACAAAGAAGGAACAUUUAUUGCACAGAGUGACAGCUCCGACCAAAAUAUACAUGCAAUUGAACUUGGGGAGGGUGUCAGCUUGAAUAGCAAUGUCUCUGGAAAAAUCAAGAAUCCUUUGGCAAAUAUUCCCAAGCAAAGGCUACUCCAAGAUGUCAAAGAAUUUGCCAACACCAACGGACUUAGCCAUAUAUUGCCUAUCCUGGAGAAAGGGGCACUGGUAGCAAAGGACCCCGCGAAUUGGGAAACAGUUGAAGGACUCACAAGUGACGAACAUGAGGCAAUUCGAAACGAAGUAUUACAUAAAUGGCGGCAGCCUAGAGCCUUAUAUCUCACCAUGGUCCUUUGUUCGAUAGGUGCCGCUGUACAGUGA